AGCUCCACCAAUCAUCACCUUUCUCGUUCCCGUGUUUCUUUUCCCAUCGCGUGGCGUUUCUGGGAGUUGCAGUUUGAGAGCAGUUCCGGGCAGGGAGGCGCCUUUCCUGUCCUCACGGACUCGGCCCCUAGCAGUGAAAAACUACAAGUCCCAGGGUCCCUUGCGACGGCCAUAGUCAAGUUGCCGGUGGAAUUGGCCCAGGAUGACAGCUGGAGAAUGGAGUCAGUUUUAUCCAAGUGUGAAAACCAGAUUACUAUUUUCACUGACUACCUAGAAGAAUUUCCAGAUACAGAUGAGCUGGUAUGGAUCCUGGGGAAGCAGCAUCUCCUUAAAACAGAAAAAUCUAAGCUGUUGUCUGAUAUAAGUGCUCGUCUAUGGUUUACAUACAGAAGGAAAUUUUCACCAAUUGGGGGAACAGGCCCAUCAUCAGAUGCUGGCUGGGGAUGUAUGCUGCGCUGUGGGCAGAUGAUGCUGGCUCAAGCCCUUAUCUGUAGACACUUGGGAAGGGACUGGAACUGGGAGAAACAAAAAGAACAACCCAAAGAAUACCAACGGAUUCUACAGUGCUUCUUAGAUAGAAAAGACUGUUGUUAUUCUAUCCAUCAAAUGGCACAAAUGGGUGUAGGAGAAGGGAAAUCAAUUGGCGAAUGGUUUGGACCAAAUACAGUUGCACAGGUGUUAAAAAAACUUGCUUUAUUUGACGAAUGGAAUUCCUUGGCUGUUUAUGUUUCGAUGGAUAACACAGUGGUCAUUGAAGAUAUCAAAAAAAUGUGCUGUGUCCUACCCUUGAGUGUUGACACAGCUGAUGAAAGCAUCUCUGAUUCUCUGACUGCUUCGAAUCACAAUAAAGGCACCUCUGCCUUCAGCCCAGUCUGGAAACCCCUGCUGCUCAUUGUACCCCUUCGCUUGGGCAUAAACCAAAUAAAUCCUGUGUAUGUAGACGCAUUCAAAGAGUGUUUUAAGAUGCCACAGUCUUUAGGGGCAUUAGGAGGAAAGCCAAAUAACGCCUAUUAUUUCAUAGGAUUCUUAGGUGACGAGCUCAUCUUCUUGGACCCUCACACAACCCAGACCUUCGUUGACACCGAAGAGAAUGGAACGGUUGAUGACCAGACUUUCCAUUGCCAGCAGUCCCCACAGAGAAUGAACAUCUUGAACUUGGAUCCUUCUGUAGCAUUGGGAUUUUUCUGCAAAGAAGAAAAAGACUUUGAUAACUGGUGUAGCCUUGUUCAGAAGGAAAUUCUGAAGGAAAAUUUAAGGAUGUUUGAAUUAGUUCAGAAACAUCCAUCACACUGGCCUCCCUUUGUACCACCAGCCAAACCAGAAGUGACAACCACUGGGGCAGAAUUCAUUGACUCUACUGAACAAUUGGAGGACUUUGACCUGGAGGAAGAUUUUGAGAUUCUGAGUGUGUAGAAUAAUAGGAACUCAACUUGUAGGUCUGUCUUCCAUCUGGCACCACAAGAACAUGAACUUGUUAUAUAAAACUUUUGUAGUCAGCAAGUGCCUGGUAUGCCAGCAGCAUACAAACUCAAUAGCAAUCAUGACUGAGCCAAUUACCAUUUCUCAGAAAAAAAACAACAACAAAUGACAACAACCCUUCCCCAGGAAGAAAUAGAACAGUCAUGGAGUCUAGAAAGUUUAGGAGGAGUUCGUUGCUUCCCAGCUUGUCUUACAUGGCUACAGCAAGUAUUCAGCAGCUGAAAUGAGAACAUUUGGAAGACAGACAGAAACUACCAUCUUGCCUCAAGCACCAGCAGAUGAGAGAUGGUUACACUGUUCUUCAUCACUGUUUCAGGUGUGACCUCUGUGGAGCUAAAUAAUAAGAAGCAAUCUGUUCUCUUGCUCAAAUAAUAAAGUAACUGAAUCAGG